UAAAUAAAAGCCCAGCCCAAGACUAUCUGUUGUGGAGUGGACUCUCCUCUCAUCUCAUCUCUCUUCUUCUCUCUCUAAACCCUAAGUCUCCUCCUCCUCGGCUCGUUCUCGCAGUCUCGUCGCAGAUCCCGCCAUUGAAUCUCGCCGCCGGCCGCUCAAUCCGUAGCUGAACGGUGAGCUUUGUCACCCUUCCGCGACAAUGUCUGCUAGCUACGAUUACGACGAGGCGGCCGGGAGCUACGACGAUGGCCAUCGCCAGUCGCAGCAGCAGGACGUCGGUUACGACCCCAACUUCGUGCCCGACUCCGUAAAGUCCUUCGUCGUCCACCUGUACCGACACAUCCGGGAGAAGAACGUGUAUGAGAUCCACCAGAUGUAUGAGACCUCGUUCCACACUCUAUCGGACAGGCUGUUCAAGGACACCCCGUGGCCGUCCGUCGAUGCUGUGGCGCACUAUGUUGACAACGACCACGUGUUCUGCUUGCUGUAUCGCGAGAUGUGGUUUAGACAUUUGUAUGCGAGGCUGUCGCCGACAUUGAAGCAGAGGAUCGAUUCUUGGGACAACUACUGCAGCCUCUUUCAGGUUGUGCUGCAUGGAGUGGUGAAUAUGCAAUUGCCAAACCAGUGGUUGUGGGAUAUGGUGGAUGAGUUUGUGUACCAGUUCCAGAGUUUCUGUCAAUACAGGGCAAAGAUGAAGAACAAGACAGAACAGGAGAUUGCACUCUUUCGGCAAUAUGAUCAGGCCUGGAAUGUGUAUGGUGUGCUCAAUUAUUUGCAAGCACUUGUGGAGAAGUCUGCAAUCAUUCAGAUUUUGGAGCGGGAGAAGGCUGGCCUGGAACAAUUCACUGCUAAUGACGGGUAUCACUAUGAUGGUGGGAGCAAUGUGGUGAAGGUGCUGGGAUAUUUCAGCAUGGUAGGAUUGCUCCGAGUUCAUUGCCUGUUAGGUGAUUAUCAAACUGGUCUCAAGUGCUUGCAGCCAAUUGACAUAAGCCAGCAAGGUGUCUACUUUACUGUCAUAGGAAGCCACAUUGCCACCAUUUAUCACUAUGGAUUUGCCUGCCUCAUGCUGAGGAGGUAUGUUGAUGCAAUAAGGGAAUUCAAUAAAAUUCUUCUUUAUAUUUAUAAGACCAAGCAGUAUCACCAGAAGUCUUCCCAGUAUGAGCAGAUACUGAAGAAGAACGAGCAGAUGUAUGCCUUGCUCGCUAUUUGUCUCUCUCUAUGCCCCCAAGUUAAUCUUGUUGAUGAAACUGUGAACUCCCAGUUGCGGGAGAAGUACGGUGAAAAGAUGGCCAGAAUGCAGAGAUUUGAUGACGAGGCUUUUGCCAUUUAUGAUGAGCUUUUCUCCUAUGCUUGCCCAAAAUUCAUUACACCCUCAGCUCCGAGUUUUGAAGAGCCCCUUGUCAAUUACAAUCAGGAUGCCUAUAGACUUCAAUUAAAGCUAUUCCUCUAUGAAGUCAAACAGCAGCAAUUGUUGUCUGGUGUAAGGACUUUCUUGAAAGUGUACUCGACCAUCUCCCUUGCCAAGCUUGCAAAUUACAUGGAAGUGGACGAACCUACCCUACGAACUAUAUUGUUGACAUAUAAGCACAAGACACAUUCAGUUGAUGCAGAUGGAAAGAUCAUCUCAAAUGCUGAUAUUGAUUUCUACAUCGAUGAUGAUAUGAUUCACGUUGUCGAGUCUAAACCUGCAAAGCGAUAUGGGGACUUCUUCCUGCGCCAGAUUGUCAAGCUUGAAGGCAUGAUGAAUGAUAUGGACAGGAUAAAGCUGGAAUAACUGGCCGGUGCCCAUCUCGUUUCCUUUUUGUGUUUUAUGCUACAAAUUUAUUUAAAUUUUGGUAGGAAUUUGCGAUCAUUUAGUCGGGAUGUGAUCAGCUCUGUUGUGUAGCUGUUAGUUUUUCACCUUACUGUCCUUGUAACACUGAAAAGAUAGACUGGUGUUCUAUAGAAUCAUGAGGAUUUUCAAUUGGAGUAGAUCUUUUUAUGCACACGUCAGUUGCUGCUAUUCCUGACGAAUUGAGGUA